GUGUGUGCUUCUUUUCUUCUUCACAUCUUCACUGAUUUCUGUAUUUUGGACUGAAAAUUUCUUCAAAUCGCUGAGGUAAUCAGUUGGGUUUAGUUUACAGAGUCGAUCCAAGUAAUCAAGAGCAGUGUGCGCCAUUUUUUUUCUCAUUUUUGGCUCCUGAAAGACGCCGGUUUUCAAUAGAAGAAGAAGAAGAGAGAGUGGGGAAGGUUCGUCUCUGUUGGAAGUUAGAAAUGCUGAGAAACCAGCGAUUAUACGGGGAGUGGGAUCCGAUCGGGAAAUCGCUGGUGGUUUGAUGGAAGGGGUAAUUAGAGGGUUAUUGACUCACGCAUCGUUUGAUGGAGGUGAAGGCCUUGCGGAGAUCUCCGGCUACGUCGCAAUCGAGAUUUCAGACCUCCUUUCUGUUAGCAGCGCUUCUUUACGAGAUAUUACUGUUCCUGGUUUGGACUGAAGGUGCCAAUGCUAAUUCCCAAGUGAACCAGCUGCAAGGGCAAGGACUUGAAAGGGGUAAUAAGGAAGUUCUCUCACAUUCAUGCAUUCAUGAUCAGAUACUUGAACAGAGGAGGCGACCCGGUCGCAAUGAGUAUUCAGUCACUCCACAAGCUUAUGGGUUGCCUGGUCACUCGAGACAUCUUCAACGUAAGGGAAGGGCAUUGCUUGGAGUAUCAAAACCACUAGAGUUGCAAAAGGAUGCAAGGCAGCCAAUUAGAAUAUAUUUGAAUUAUGACGCUGUGGGCCACUCACCUGAUAGAGAUUGUCGAAGUGUUGGAGGGAUAGUAAAGCUAGGGGAGCCACCUGUGACUUCUGUUCUUGGAACUCCUGCUUGCAAUCCUCAUGGAGAUCCUCCGAUUUUUGGGGACUGUUGGUAUAACUGCACCAUGGAAGAUAUUUCUGGAGAGGACAAGAAGCAUCGUCUUCGUAAGGCUUUGGGGCAGACGGCUGACUGGUUCAGAAGAGCCUUAGCUGUUGAGCCUGUGAAAGGGAAUCUACGGUUGAGUGGAUAUUCUGCAUGUGGACAAGAUGGUGGUGUACAGCUUCCACGUGAAUACGUAGAAGAGGGUGUAGCUGAUGCAGAUUUAGUUCUUUUGGUAACUACAAGGCCUACAACUGGCAAUACUCUGGCAUGGGCAGUGGCAUGUGAGCGUGAUCAGUGGGGCCGUGCAAUUGCUGGUCAUGUGAACGUUGCUCCUCGUCAUUUGACUGCUGAAGCAGAGACAUUACUGUCAGCUACUCUUAUACACGAGGUCAUGCAUGUUCUUGGCUUUGAUCCUCAUGCCUUUGCACAUUUUCGGGAUGAGAGGAAAAGAAGGCGGAGUGAGGUUACUGUACAAGCCAUGGAUGAGAAGUUGGGGCGAAUGGUGACUCGUGUGGUGCUUCCACGUGUUGUCAUGCAUGCACGAUCUCAUUACGGAGCCUUCUCUGAGAAUUUUACUGGUUUAGAAUUGGAGGAUGGAGGAGGUCGUGGCACAUCAGGAUCACACUGGGAGAAAAGGCUUAUGAUGAAUGAAAUUAUGACAGGUUCAGUUGAUACAAGAUCAGUAGUUUCAAAAAUGACAUUGGCUUUGUUAGAGGAUAGUGGAUGGUACCAGGCUAACUAUAGUGUCUCAGACAGUCUCAAUUGGGGUCGCAACCAAGGGACAGAAUUUGUUACCUCUCCCUGCAAUCAGUGGAAGGGGGCGUAUCAUUGUAACACAACACAAUUGUCAGGCUGUACUUAUAACAGGGAAGCUGAAGGGUAUUGCCCAAUUGUAAGUUAUAACGGAGACCUACCUCAAUGGGCUCGCUACUUUCCUCAAGCUAACAAAGGUGGGCAGUCCUCAUUGGCUGAUUAUUGUACCUAUUUUGUGGCGUACUCUGAUGGGUCAUGUACAGACACAAAUAGUGCACGGUCUCCCGACAGAAUGUUGGGUGAAGUGCGGGGAAGUAGCUCCCGGUGCAUGGCUUCAUCUUUGGUGCGAACUGGCUUCGUCCGAGGAUCAAUGACCCAAGGAAAUGGUUGUUAUCAGCAUAGAUGUGUAAACAAUUCAUUAGAGGUUGCUGUUGAUCGUGUGUGGAAAGUGUGCCCUGAGGCUGGUGGACCAGUUCAGUUUCCUGGGUUCAACGGUGAACUGAUCUGCCCUGCUUACCACGAACUCUGUAACACUGUGCGGGUGCCUGUACCUGGUCAAUGUCCCAGUUCAUGUAAUUUCAAUGGAGAUUGCAUUGAAGGAAAAUGCCACUGCUUUCUAGGAUUCCAUGGUCAUGACUGUAGGGAACGCUCCUGCCCAAAUAAUUGUGGCAAGCAUGGAAAGUGUCUCCCUAAUGGAAUCUGUGAAUGUCAAAAGGGGCAUACUGGCAUUGACUGCUCAACAGCCGUUUGUGAUGAACAGUGCAGUCUGCAUGGUGGUGUCUGUGAUAAUGGAAUUUGCGAGUUCCGUUGCUCUGACUAUGCGGGCUAUACCUGCCAGAAUAGCUCCAAGCUCCUUCCGAGUCUUUCAGUUUGCAGGGACGUUCUGGAAAGAGACGCCAUGGGGCAACACUGUGCUCCUAGUGAACCGAGCAUAUUGCAACAGCUAGAAGCUGCUGUGGUCAUGCCCAACUACAAUAGAUUGAUUCCUGGCAGUCGGACAUUAUUUAGCAUCCUAGACAAUGGUUACUGUGCUGCAGCUGCAAAGCGGCUAGCAUGCUGGAUUUCCAUACAAAAGUGCGACAAAGACGGGGACAACAGGCUUCGGGUAUGCCAUUCAGCAUGCCGUUCAUACAAUGCAGCCUGUGGAGCAUGUCUUGACUGCACAGACCAGACUCUCUUCAGCAGUGAGGAGGAAGGUGAUGGGCAGUGCACUGGCUUUGGUGAGAUGAGACCAUGGUGGCUGCGUCGCUUCCGGAACUUCUAUUCCUCAUAGCACAAGUGUUUAGAGAAAUCUGUAAAAUAUAGCCUCUGUAUUUGUCUGUCUUCUGUAAUUUUUCCGAAGGGUUUAAUCUUAGGAAAGGUGACGACGUGCGUUCACCACAAGUAGGUAGGUUCCUUCCACCCUGCAAAAAGUGAAAUCCUUGAAGAAGGAUUGGGUGGUAUUUGUAUGGAGUUUGGGCUUUGAAAGUGAAGUCCAGACGGUAGAAAUUGUAACGAAAGUUGAAAAAGAGGAAGAAGAAAAAAAUUGUUCUUCCGGAAUUGAGAAUGAAAAUCUCAAGGGCUUUUUGAA